AUGCUGGAAAAUGUCAGCAGUCAGACAAUAUCGUCAGGUGGUCCCCAAAAUACACCACGUAGUCAGCAAGCAAACGAGUGGUAGACAACCAAUGGCCGAUCAACAUCCAGGCUCUGUCGUAGCCGGCUGCGACCGGGAGACCCAUGGGGCGGCGCACAAUUGGCCAAGCGUCGUCCAGGGUAGGGGAGGGAAUGGCUGGCAGGGAUGUAGCUCAGUUGGUAGAGCAUGGCGUUUGCAACGCCAGGGUUGUGGGUUCGAUUCCCACGGGGGGGCAGUAUGAUUUUUUAUUUUAUUUUUAAUAAUGUAUGUAUUCACUUACUGUAAGUCGCUCUGGAUAAGAGCGUCUGCUAAAUGACUAAAAUGUAAAUGUAAAUGUAUGUGGCUCUUAAAACACUCUACUCCGGAUCAUGGUGCAUCAAUCAAUCUUCUCAGCUUAUGGAAAUAGUCCAUGUCCUUAGGUUUUCCUGCUCGUAGGUUUUAAAUCCACCUGAAUUUGAAUCUGAAUCUGGUUGUUUGUGGUGACCUAUAUUGUAUCACACUCCAGGAGAGAGCUGAACCAAACGGCUGGCUUGUAUUUACUAACUCCCUGCCCUGGGGGUAUGUAGGGAGGGAGAGAAAGAAAGGAGUGGAGUACAGCUGGGUUUCAAUGGAAUUACAUACACAUUAGGCAAUUAUACACUGACUCAGGCUUUCUCUCUUUCAGUCAUACACACACAUGUGCACAAACAUUGUACAAAUUCUCACUCGCACACGCUUGCAUACACCAAUUGGGAUUCUCUCACUCGCAGAUGUGUCAGUCUGGGUCUCACUCACUCUCUCAACUUAAACACACACACACACACACACACACACACAGACACACACAUGGAACAACAUAGACUUUCCGCUUGGUUGUUAAUGGCCUCUGACAUUAGUGUGCGUGCCAGCAGGAGCAGCGGUGGAUAAGACAGAGAGACAGAGAGCGAUAAUGGAUUUGAGCCUGUCACCAUUCAGUCCCAAUUAAACACACACAAACACAACUGAAGUCACUCAGCUCUAUAUAUGGGCCUGUUACAGCUCACCACUUCCUUGUUCCCUUAUCUCUGUACAUACAGUACCAGUCAAAAGUUAGGACACACCUACUCAUUCAAGGGUUUUUAUUUAUUUGUACUAUUUUCUACAUUGUAGAAUAAUUGUAAAGACAUCAAAACUAUGAAAUAACACAUAUGGAAUCAUGUAGUCACCAAAAAACUCUUAAACAAAUCAAAAUAUAUUUUAGAUUUUAGAUUCUUCAAAGUAGCCACCCUUUGCCUUGAUGACAGUUUUGCACACUCUUGGCAUUAUUAUUAUUAUUAUUAUUAUUAUUAUUAUUAUUAUUAUUAUUAUUAUUAUUAUUAUUAUAGCAAUCUGGUGAUAGCAGAUUAGGAGAAAGUGACCUGUAUUGAUUGGGUGAAGUUUGUGAAUUAUUUUGACUGUUGUAGACAAACACAUAUGAACUCAUUGACAACAUGUGGAAGUGCCCGUUCUGUAUAUAAAGUAGGGUAGAGAUUGAGGUAACCCGUCCUGCAAGUACAGGGAACUUUAUGUUCCACCCGCUGAUCUUAUUUUCGGAAGGGCUAGGGAGGGGCGAGGGAGGGGUAUACUAUGUGGGGUAUGCACUGGAACAGACCACAUGGGAAGUGUUUAUGUGUAUACGAUAUGUGUAUGCAUUCAGGUAUCCAUAUCACGUAGACUGUGGUCCAUACAUACAGUGGGGAAAAAAGGUAUUUAGUCAGCCACCAAUUGUGCAAGUUCUCCCACUUAAAAAGAUGAGAGAGGCCUGUAAUUUUCAUCAUAGGUACACGUCAACUAUGACAGACAAAUUGAGAAAGAAAAAUCCAGAAAAUCACAUUGUAGGAUUUUUAAUGAAUUUAUUUGCAAAUUAUGGUGGAAAAUAAGUAUUUGGUCACCUACAAACAAGCAAGAUUUCUGGCUCUCACAGACCUGUAACUUCUUCUUUAAGAGGCUCCUCUGUCCUCCACUCGUUACCUGUAUUAAUGGCACCUGUUUGAACUUGUUAUCAGUAUAAAAGACACCUGUCCACAACCUCAAACAGUCACACUCCAAACUCCACUAUGGCCAAGACCAAAGAGCUGUCAAAGGACACCAGAAACAAAAUUGUAGACCUGCACCAGGCUGGGAAGACUGAAUCUGCAAUAGGUAAGCAGCUUGGUUUGAAGAAAUCAACUGUGGGAGCAAUUAUUAGGAAAUGGAAGACAUACAAGACCACUGAUAAUAUCCCUCUAUCUGGGGCUCCACGCAAGAUCUCACCCCGUGGGGUCCAAAUGAUCACAAGAACGGUGAGCAAAAAUCCCAGAACCACACGGGGGGACCUAGUGAAUGACCUGCAGAGAGCUGGGACCAAAGUAACAAAGCCUACCAUCAGUAACACACUACGCCGCCAGGGACUCAAAUCCUGCAGUGCCAGACGUGUCCCCCUGCUUAAGCCAGUACAUGUCCAAGCCCGUCUGAAGUUUGCUAGAGUGCAUUUGGAUGAUCCAGAAGAGGAUUGGGAGAAUGUCAUAUGGUCAGAUGAAACCAAAAUAUAACUUUUUGGAAAAAACUCAACUCGUCAUGUUUGGAGGACAAAGAAUGCUGAGUUGCAUCCAAAGAACACCAUACCUACUGUGAAGCAUGGGGGUAGAAACAUCAUGCUUUGGGACUGUUUUUCUGCAAAGGGACCAGGACGACUGAUCCGUGUAAAGGAAAGAAUGAAUGGGGCCAUGUAUCGUGAGAUUUUGAGUGAAAACCUCCUUCCAUCAGCAAGGGCAUUGAAGAUGAAACGUGGCUGGGUCUUUCAGCAUGACAAUGAUCCCAAACACACCGCCCGGGCAACAAAGGAGUGGCUUCGUAAGAAGCAUUUCAAGGUCCUGGAGUGGCCUAGCCAGUCUCCAGAUCUCAACCCCAUAGAAAAUCUUUGGAGGGAGUUGAAAGUCCAUGUUGCCCAGCGACAGCCCCAAAACAUCACUGCUCUAGAGGAGAUAUGCAUGGAGGAAUGGGCCAAAAUACCAGCAACAGUGUGUGAAAACCUUGUGAAGACUUACAGAAAACGUUUGACCUGUGUCAUUGCCAACAAAGGGUAUAUAACAAAGUAUUGAGAAACGUUUGUUAUUGACCAAAUACUUAUUUUCCACCAUAAUUAGCAAAUAAAUUCAUAAAAAAUCCUACAAUGUGAUUUUCUGGAUUUUUUCUUCUCAUUUUGUCUGUCAUAGUUGACGUGUACCUAUGAUGAAAAUUACAGGCCUCUCUCAUCUUUUUAAGUGGGAGAACUUGCACAAUGUAUGUUUUUCUAUUUAUUCAGGUGUCCAUACGUGUGUUUGUUUGUGUGUUGUUUAUGUUUCCAUUCAUAGUAUGUGUUCACUUGUGUUUCCUGUUAGAGAUAUUUUGAAGAACAUUGUGUAUUGGUUCUCAACAAGUGUUGAGGAAGCCCAAAAAAGUUUGAGAAGAACCCAUUCUCAAAUGAUCCAAUGGAUGCUAUAACAUCUUCAGUUAAUAAUGUCUUCAGUAAGUCAAUGGCCCUCUGUGAUGUUGCUCUGAAAGUAGAUCCAUUCUGCUGUUAUAACUGAAAACAGAUGUAGUGUUCUGUUCUUUCUCCCUCAGCAUGUGGUGGCCUGUAUUUAUUCCCUUGGCGGUUCUCAGAGCAGUUUGGAACACUAGCGUUAGCAUUAGCUUGUUGGGAACAAUAGCUUAAAAUGUUCUGCCCUCACAAGGCUUGAUUGCCAUAGGAAAAUGGGAUGAUACAUUGUGGGAUGAUACUUUAGCAACAAUCUUCGGCCACAAUUUGGUGAAAUAAACUGGUUCAGUCUGUUCCAGUGAUGUGCGGUGAGGUCGUUGGCUGGGUCGACACUGGCUAUUAUCAAAACCAGAUUUACUCACAAAUUAACCUUGAUGAUAGCCAACAACCAGAGUGACAUUGGCUAUUAACCGAAAUUGACAAACAAUUUUCACCAAAUGUAGGCCUAAAUACCAAUGUAGCCAAGAUACACAAGCGAUAGCCUCUGAUGGCUGUAUAAUUUAUACCAUCUGACAAAAUGGCAUCAUCUCAGCUCAGCCAUAGACCGAUGUGGUAUUACAACCAAUAGGUGGUAUUAAAAGACCAAUAUAUGCACACAUUUUAUCAAAAUAGUUUGCAACGCAAUGGAUUUAUAAUUUCCUUUCACAAUGGAUUUACAAUUCUUCCAAUACACCGCGCAAACAUGCACACACACACACACACACAUAUUAUUUGAAAUAUUAUUACACACACAUACAGGUAACUGCCAAAAUAAAGGAAACACCAACAUGAAAAGUGUCUUAAUGGGCCGUUGGGCCACCACGAGCCAGAACAGCUUCAAUCAAAUCAAAUUGUAUUGAAUACAACAGGUGUGAAUACAACAGGUGUAGACCUUACUGUGAAAUGCUUACUUACAAGCCCUUAACCAACAAUGCAGUUUUAAGAAAAUAGAGUUAAGAAAAUAUUUACUAAAUAAACUAAAGUAACAUUUUAAAAAAAGUUACACAAUAAAAUAACAAUAACGAGGCUAUAUACAGGCGGUACCGGUACCGAGUCAAUGUGUGGGGGUAUAGGUUAGUCAGUCGAGGUAAUUUGUACAUGUAGGUAGGGGUAAAGUGACUAUGCAUAGAUAAUAAACAGCGAGUAGCAGCAGUGUAAAAACAAAGGGGGGGAGGGGAGGGGAGGGGGGGGGGGGGGGGUCAAUGCAAAUAGUCCAGGUUGCCAUUUAUUUAAUUGUUCAGCAGUCUUAUGGCUUGGGGGUAGAAGCUGUUAAGGAGCCUUUUGGACCUAGACUUGGUGCUCCGGUACCGCUUGCCAUGCGGUAGCAGAGAGAACAGUCUAUGUCUUGGGUGACUGGAGUCUUUGAAAAAAAUCAGCUCCUUUGUCUUGCUCACGUUGAGGGAGAGGUUGUUGUCUUGGCACCACAUUGCCAGGUCUCUGACCUCAUCCCUAUAGGCUGUUUCAUCGUUGUCGGUGAUCAGGCCUAUCACUGUUGUGUCAUCAGCAAACUUAAUGAUGGUGUUGGAGUCGUGCUUGGCCAGGCAGUCAUGGGUGAACAGGGAGUACAGAAGGGGCCUAAGCACGCACCCCUAAGGGGCCCCCAUGUUGAGGAUCAGCGUGGCAGAUGUGUUGUUGCCUACCCUUACCACCUGGUGGCAGCCUGUAAGGAAGUCCAGGAUCCAGUUGCAGAGAGAGGUGUUUAGUCCCAUGGUCCUUAGCUUAGUGAUGAGCUUUGUGGGCACUAUGAUGUUGAACGCGAAGCUGUAGUCAAUGAACAGCAUUCUCACAAAGGGGUUAUUUUUGUCCAGGUGGGAAAGGGCCGUGUGGAGUGCGAUUGAGAUUGCAUCAUCUGUGGAUCUGUUGGGGCGGUAUGCGAAUUGGAGUUGGUCUAGGGUUUCCGGGAUGAUGGUGUUGAUGUGAGCCAUGACCAGCCUUUCAAAGCACCUCGUGGCUACUGACGUGAGUGCUACAGGGUGUUAGUCAUUUAGGCAGGUUACCUUUGUUUUCUUGGGCACAGGGACUAUGGUGGUCUGUUUGAAACAUGUAGGUAUUACAGACUCGGUCAGGGAGAGUUUGAAAAUGUCAGUGAAGACACUUUAUCCGCGCAUUAUCUGAGUACACGUCCUGGUAAUCCAUCUGGCUCCACGGACUUGCGAAUGUUGACGUGUUUAAAGGUCUUGCUCACAUCGGCUACAGAGAGCGUGAUCACACAGCCGUCCUGAACAGCUGGUGCUCUAAUGCAUGCUUCAGUGUUGCUUGCUUCGAAGCGAGCAUAAAAAGCAUUUAGCCCGUCUGGUAGGCUCUCGUCACUGGGCAGCUCGCAGCUGGGUUUCCCUUUGUAGUCCGUAAUAGUUUGCAAGCCCUGCCACAUCCGACGAGCGUCAGAGCCGGUGUAGUAGGACUCAAUCUUAGUCCUGUAUUGAUGCUUUGCCUGUUUUAUGGUUCAUCUGAGGGCAGAGCGGGAUUUCUUAUAAGUGUCCGGAUUAGUGUCCAGCUCCUUGAAAGAGGCAGCUAUAGCCUUUAGCUCAGUGAGGAUGUGUCCUGUAAUCCAUGGCUUCUGGUUGGGAUAUGUACGUACGGUCACUGUGGGGACGUCAUCAUCGAUGCACUUAUUGAUGAAGCCGGUGCCUGAGGUGGUAUAAUCCUCAAUGUAAUUGGAUGAAUCCCGGAACAUAUUGCAGUCUGUGCUAGCAAAACAGUCCUGUAGCGUAGCAUCCGCGUCAUCUGACCACUUCCGUAUUGAGCGAGUCACUGGUACUUCCUGCUUUAGUUUUUGCAGGAAUCAGAAGGAUAGAAUUAUGGUCAGAUUUGCCAAAUGGAGGGCGAGAGAGAGCUUUGUAUGCUUCUCUGUGUGUGGAGUAAAGGUGGUCUAGUGUUCUUUUUCCUCUGGUUGCACAUGUGAAAUGCUGGUAGAAAUUAGGAAAAAUAGAUUUAUUUGCCUGCAUUAAAGUCCCCGGCCACUAGGAGCACCGCUUCUGGAUGAGCAUUUUCUUGUUUGCCUAUGGCCUUAUACAGCUCAUUGAGUGCGGUCUUAGUGCCAGCAUCGGUUUGUGGUGGUAAAUAGACGGCUACGAAAAAUAUUGAUGAAAACUCUCUUGGUAGAUAGUGUGGUCUAUAGCUUCUCAUGAGGUACUCUACCUCUGGUGAGCAAUACUUCUUCCACUCGUGUGUCAUCAACGGAAACGUCCCUAUUAACAUUACCAACUAGCUUGGUUAGCUCGGACUCGCAUAAUAGUUGUUGCCUGUGUAGGCCUAUUGGAUAUUUGUUAUAUCAUUAUUUAUUGAGAUUCUUGUCUCGCAUUGAAUCUCUGCUAGAUAGCUCCAUGCCAAUAAUUUGUUUAACAUAGUAACGUCGAAUGAAUAGAAUUAUUAAAAUUAACGACUGGGUCAAAACAUGAGAAAAUAACUAACGACUAGCCCGCUUGGGUAGCAACUUCAGAAUGCAAAAACAAAUGUACUCAUUAAAAUAAUAAGAAUUUUUUUUCAUAUUUCUAUAAAUAUAUUGGCAACCGUUUUAUAAAAGUAAUAAUGCCCUUAAAGCCUGUAAUUAUCGUGUGACAACUCUCCCCAAGGGCUGUAUCCAGGCCCUUGGCUUCACCUCGGGCCUCACAAGCUGACUACACCGUGCACGUGCAUAUGUCCACGUGCGCCAUCGAGCACAUGUUGGUUUUGUCCAUCCACACCAGACACGAUCAGGAUAUGCAGGUUGAAACAUCAAAAUGAACUCAGAACCAACUAUAUUCAUUUGGGGACAGGUCGAAACACUUGAAACAUUCAUGGACAUUUAGCUAGCUAGCUUGCUGUUGCUAGCUUGCUGUUGCUAGCUAAUUUGUCCUCGGAUAUAAACAUUGGAUUGUUAAUUUACCUGAAAUGCACAAGGUCCUUUUUUUUCUGGAUCUUUGUAGAAUUUUUACCCAUUCUGAGUUACACAAAAUCGUGUGUUCUCUAGUCCGACAAUUAAUCCACAGAUAAAAGGGGAAACCUAGAUAGUUUCUAGUCAUCUCUCCUCCUUCAGUCUUCUUCUUCUUUGGACUUUAUAUGAAGGUUGGCAACCAACUUUAAGGUGCAUUACCACCACCAACUGGACUGGAGUGUGAACCUCAGUUCAGCUUUCAAUCACCCACUUGGGUAUAUGCUCCUAAAAACCAAUGAGGAGAUGGGAGAGAUGGGACUUGCAGCGCGUCAAGCGUCAAAAAUAGAACCAAGUUCUAUUUUAGCGCCUGGCUAUGCAGACGCUCGCGAGCAGUUUGGAUUAAAUUAUUGAAUAACAUGUAUGUGUACAUUUAUUUUGCAACGCUUGCACACGCAAAGUGGGCGGUAUGGUCAGCAUGUCAGAACAGCCCUUGUUGGGAGUUGCCACAUGAUAAUUCCAGGGUUCUCAGGCAUUAUUGCUUAAUUAAGUACACAAAUUGUUAAACUACGUCAGGAAUUUUAUAGAAGCUGAUUCUAUAAAAAGUGACAUCUUUCACAAGCAUCUGUUUCCAAUUACAUCUUAGUAAAUGUUGAUUAUUAAAAUAGAAAAGGGCAUCCACCAUCUAUUUACUUUUUCUUCUGUUGUCUGAGUGAAGCUAAAACGACCAAGACCGCUCAUUAGUUAGACACACAAGUGAGCAUGAAAGAUCAAAGCAAGAUUAUUGGUAUUUGUUGUGACAAGUGGAUUAGAUUAGAUGACAAUGACAUCUCAGCGGACGUGUAAACUCCUCUCCUUCCCUGCAUAGAUGAACCAUGCUAGUCUAGACUAUUGUUUGUUUUGAUGAUCACGUUAUGCACAAUGAAUGACGGGGCUGAGAGAUGUUUUCUUUGUUAGAAAAUACAAUCUACUUUGGGGCCUUUGAUAUGGUCAUGACAAAUUCAUUAGACUAAUAUAAUGACUAAGAUAAACUACAAUAGACUAUAGUAAUCAAAUAAAUAGAUAACAGCACAUCAUUUAAUUACAAAUGAUAAUGUUACAAUACAAAUGUUAGAGGACACACAGAUCACUCUCUGUAGCCAUCUUAUUUGAAGUCCCAAAACUACCGUCACUUAGGUUCUGUAGAUCUGCAAAGUGCACAAUCUGGUCUGCUGCUGGCUAAUCAGCAAGUAUUAAGAAUUACACUAUCAGCUUGUUAGGCUAAAUCUGCUCAUCCACCAGUGGCCUAUAUUGUGGGAGUUUUUAUAACCACUGAUCUGUAGUCCUCCAGUGUAGUUUAUGCCUGCAGGGAUGGAGGCAGGUCACGUCAAUGCUUUCCCUGUACUGUCUGGUACCAUUACAGCCGCAUGCCAAUAUGCAACAUGCAUAAAUGCAAUGGUCUUUGUGCUCAGUUCCAACCAACAGUUGAACUAGUGUACUCCCAAGAUAAGCGUCAUGUUCAUGUCAUGCAACUGACUUUUUCAAAAGCUCCCAGUCCCAUGACAAUGAGACAUGCCUGGUUAAAUAAAUGAUACAAGAAAUUUAGAAAUAUAACCACUUAUUUUCUGACUUUUGGUGAGUGUGUGUCAGUGAUCCAAGUGGUUCCCUUCUAACACUGCUCCAUGGCAAGAUUACAAUAUUUAAAUGAGACUUCCCUGGUGAAAUAAAGGAUUAUUUAAAGGGUAAAUAUAAUGUAUCUUCACAGAGCUUAUCUGUGAACUCUGGUGACUGACUGCUCUGUGUUCCUGUAGGGAUGGAGUUCCCUGUGGACGGCCUGGCCAGCGUGACCCAAGAGGUCCUGGAGAGAUCAGCCCAGGACUACAUGAACAGCAUCCUCCACAACAAUCCAGACUCACCCGAACACCUCACCCUCGCCAACAACAUACAGGUAAACACAAUCCACACAGGUAAAGGAGCUUUGACUGCAUUUGAUGGCCAAAUAUCUGUCAUUGAAUCUGCCUUGGCUAGAUUUACAUUAACGCCUUCCAGUUCUACAUUUGUUCAAGGUCCGUUUUGCCACAUUAAACUACAUUACAUUUAUAUUGUGAAAUCUGCCCCCUUUCUUAGGAAAUAGCCUCUUUGAUUAAAUUAAAAUGUACAACUUCCCUAGCAUUUUUCUACUGUAUGCUAAAUUACACCCCAAUAGAUUAAAUUGUUGAAUUUUGACCUUGUGCUCCUGUCCUCACCCAGGUGCCCAUUGGUCUUUCCAAUGUGGGUUUCGUCCCUCUGUAUGGAGGCUACCUGAGACAGAAGGUCCUUGCCCUGUUCUCCCCACAGGACCAGUUUACAGGUGACUGACUGAGUCACAUUGUCUUAUGAGGAAACUGUUGAUGAUGUUGACACAAAAUGGAGACUGCUCAUGGAUAAACUGGGCUGUUUUGGUUUAAUCCAUGGUCUGUUCAAAUCUCCCCUCCCCCUACCUAAGGCUAGUGUAAUGCCACAGUGUAUUUUGUGCCUUCAGGAACUAUAAAAUGAAUCAUGAAAAUGUUUACCAAUUGUAGCGGUUAUUUAUUUAAAAGCGGUACAUAUAGUAUGUUUCCAUUGAUCAACCUUCAGAUAUUUCUACAACUUGAUUGGACUCCACCUGUGGUAAAUUCAAUUGAUUUGACAUGAUUUGGAAAGGCACACCCCUGUCUAUAUAAGGUCCCACAGUUGACAGUGCAUGUCAGAGCAAAAACCAAGCCAUGAUGUUGUAGGAAUUGUCUGUAGAGCUCUGAGACAGGAUUGUGUCCAAAAAAUGUCUGCAGCAUUGAAGGUCCCCAAGAACACAGUGGUCUCCAUCAUUCUUAAAUGGAAGAAGUUUCGAACCACCAAGACUCUUCCUGAGCAAUUGAGCAAUCGAGGGAGAAAAGGCCUUGGUCAGAGAGGUGACCAAGAACCUGAUGGUCACUCUGACAGAGCUCUAGAGUUCCUCUGUGGAGAUGGGAGAACCUUCCAGAAGGAUAACCAUCUCUGCACCUAAAGGACUCUCAGACCAUGAGAAACAUGAAUGCUAAGCGUCACGUCUGGAGGAAACCAGGCACCGCUCAUCACCUGGCCAAUACCAUCCCUACGGUGAAGAAUGGUGGUGGCAGUUUCAUGCUGUGAGGAUGUUUUUCAGCGGAAGGGUCUGGGAGACUAGUCAGGAUCGAGGGAAAGAUGAACGGAGCAAAGUACAGAGAGAUCCUUGAUGAAAACCUGCUCCAGAGAGCUCAGGACCUCAGACUGUUGCGAAGGUUCACCUUCCAACAGGACAACAACCCUAAGCACACAGCCAAGAGAACGCAGGAGUGGCUUCGUGGACACGUCUCUGAAUGUCCUUGAGUGGCCCAGCCAGAGCCUGGACUUGAACCCGAUCUAACAUCUCUGGAGAUACCUGAAAAUAGCUGUGCAGCGACUCUCCCCAUCCAACCUGACAGAGCUUGAGAGGAUCUGCAGAGAAGAAUGGGAGAGACUCCCCAAAUACAGAUGUGCCAACCUUGUAGCGUCAUACCCAAGAAGAAUCGAGGCUGUAAUCGCUGCCAAAGGUGGUUCAACAAAGUACUGAGUAAAGGGUCUGAAUACUUAUGUAAAUAUGAUAUUUCCUGUUUUGUUUUUUUAUACAAUGUGGAAAACGUGAAGGGGUCUGAAUCCUUUCCGAAUGCACUGUAUGUAAUUGUUGUGUGUGUUAUCUCUCUCAGCGGUGGGGCUGUACCUGUUGGAUCGAUGGUGGUCACUGGAGGACAUCCUAAAAACAGCAGACCCUGCCAGAGAUGGAUGUGUGGAGGUACUAUCUUUGAAAACUAUUUCAGCUGUAUGUGUAGUAAUACACCACCUGGUUGUCGAGAAAUAGCAUGUGUAUGAAUUCUCACUAUUGUUGCAGAAGUUAUUAUACAGCAGCAAAAGCAAUUGUGAAAUUAGACGCAUCCAAGAGAGACAAUAGGUAUAUAUUUUUGGGUUUCUUUUUUAAAUAUAUUUUACAAGAAUGAGACAGUAUUGGGUCAAUGAAUUGAAUGAGAGACACACAGGGGUGCUGACUGAUGUGGUUGUGGUUUCCUCUAUAGGUGGAGACUCUAGGGGAGAGGAUAGUUCUGUACAUUUUGAACCGUGUGGUGUACAGAGCCAUGGAAAUGAGUUCAGACGAACUACCUUUCCUCUGCCACGGGGAGAGCGACAACGCCAAGAUCCUCUGGAAAGACGGACAGGCAGUCGGCUUCUACUCAGUCAAACCUUCAGGUAAGGAACCUGGCAUUGACAUGGUAGAUAAAGGUAAUGAUGCUCAAUUCUCAUCACACAUCAGUUAUUAUGGAGUAGAGCUGUGUUCAAGAGCUGUGUUCAAAACAAAGAUAGUUCCUAACUCACAAAGCCAAUGAACAUUUUCGCAUAGACGUUUAUAUGUAUUGUAUGCUCUCCAAUGUAUAUAUACUUGAACACAAAUAUAAACGCAACAUGCCAUAAUUUCAACAAUUUUAUUGAGUUACAGUUCAUAUGAGGAAAUCAGUCAAUUGAAAUAAAUUCAUUAGGCUCUUAUCUAUGGAUUUCACAUGACUGGGAAUACAAAUAUGCAUCUGUUGGUCACAGAUACCUUAAAAAAAAUUGUCCUCACAAUGGGCCUCAGGAUCUCGUCACGGUAUUUCUGCAAUUGUGUUCGUUGUCUGUAGCUUAUGCCUGCCCAUACCAUAACCCCACGGCCAUCAUGGGGCGCUCUGUUCAAAACGUUGACAUCAACAAACCACUCGCCCACACGAUGCCAUACACCCAGUCUGCGGUUGUGAGGCCGGUUGGAUGUACUGCAAAAUUCUCUAAAAUGACGUUGGAGGCGGCUUAUGGUAUAAAAAUGAACAUUCAAUUCUCUGGAAUCAGCUCUGGUAGACAUUCCUGCAGUCCGCAUGCCAAUUGCACACUCCCUCAAAACUUGUGACAUUGGGUUGUGUGACAAAACUGCACAUUUUAGAGUGGCCUUUUAUUGUCCCCAGCACAAAGUGCACCUGUGUAAUGAUCAUGCUGUUUAAUCAGCUUCUUGAUAUGCCACACCUGUCAGGUGGAUGGAUUAUCUUGGCAAAGGAGAAAUGCUCACUAACAGGGAUGUAAACGAAUUUGUGCACAAAAUUGUAUACGGUUGAAGUCGGAAGUUUACAUACACCUUAGCCAAAUACAUUUAAACUCAGUUUUUCCCAAUUCCUGACAUUUAAUCCUAGUAACAAUUCCCUGUCUUAGGUCAGUUAGGAUCACCACUUUAUUUUAAGAAUGUGAAAUGUCAGAAUAAUAGUAGAGAGUGAUUUAUUUAGGCUUUUAUUUCUUUCAUCACAUUCCCAGUGGGUCAGAAGUUUACAUACACUCAAUUAGUAUUUGGUAGCAUUGCCUUUAAAUUGUUUAACUUGGGUCAAAUGUUUCGGUUAGCCUUCCAGAAGCUUCCCACAAUAAGUUGGGAGAAUUUUGGCCCAUUCCUCCUGACAGAGCUGGUGUAACUGAGUCAGGUUUGUAGGCCUCCUUGCGCGCACACACUUUUUCAGUUCUGUCCACAAAAUGUCUAUAGGAUUGAGUUCAGGGCUUUGUGAUGGCCACUCCAAUACCUUGACUUUGUUGUCCUUAAGCCAUUUUGCCACAACUUUGGAAGUAUGCUUGGGGUCAUUGUCCAUUUGGAAGACCCAUUUGCGACCAAGCUUUAACUUCCUGACUGAUGUCUUGAGAUGUUGCUUCAAUAUAGCCACAUCAUUUUCCUUCAUCAUGAUGCCAUCUAUUUUGUGAAGUGCACCAGUCCCUCCUGCAGCAAAGCACCCCCACAGCAUGAUGCUGCCACCCCCGUGCUUCACGGUUUGGAUGGUGUUCUUCGGCUUGCACGCGCCGUCCUUUUUCCUCCACACAUAACAAUGGUCAUUAUGGCCAAACAGUUCUAUUUUUGUUUCAUCAGACCAGAGGACAUUUCUUCAAAAAGUACGAUCUUUGUCCCCAUGUGCAGUUGCAAACCGUAGUCUGGCUUUUUUAUGGCGGUUUUGGAGCAGUGGCUUCUUCCUUGCUGAGCGGCCUUUCAGGUUAUGUCGCUAUCGGACUCAUUUUACUGUGGAUAUAGAUACUUUUGUACCUGUUUCCUCCAGCAUCUUCACAAGGUCCUUUGCUGUUGUUCUGGGAUUGAUUUGCACUUUUCGCACCAAAUUACGUUAAUCUCUAGGAGACAGAACGCGUCUCCUUCCUGAGCGGUAUGAUGGCUGCGUGGUCCCAUGGUGUUUAUACUUGCGUACUAUUGUUUGUACAGAUGAACGUGGUACCUUCAGGCAUUUGGAAAUUGUUCCCAAGGAUGAACCAGACUUGUUGAGGUCUACAAUUUCUUUUCUGAGGUCUUGGCUGAUUUAUUUAGAUUUUCCCAUGAUGUCAAGCAAAGAGGCACUGAGUUUGAAGGUAGGCCUUGAAAUACAUCCACAGGUACACCUCCAAUUGACUCAAAUGAUGUCAAUUAGCCUAUCAGAAACUUCUAAAGCCAUGACAUCAUUUUCUGGAAUUUUCCAAGCUGUUUAAAGGCACAGUCAACUUAUGACCCACUGGAAUUGUGAUACAGUGAAUUAUAAGUGAAUUAAUCUGUCUAUAAACAAUUGUUGGAAAAAUUACUUGUGUCAUCCACAAAGUAGAUGUCCUAACCGACUUGCCAAAAUUAUAGUUUGUUAACAAGAAAUUUGUGGAGUGGUUGAAAAACGAGUUUUAAUGACUCCUACCUAAGUGUAUGUAAACUUCCGACUUCAACUGUACAUGUGUCUGAGUAUCUUCUGUUGUCAUGCGUCUCCAUAUGUUUUCCUAUUUUCCCUAUAGGCAGCUUGUGCAGUACCUUCUUAACACAGUGCUAUCAGCUUCCUAUCAUGGACUCCAUAUUCGUCAGGAAGUGUCACCGCGGCAAUGGCCUGGGCCUUCAAAUGCUGGAGAACUUUGUUGACUGUUUCAAAGAGGACUGCCUUGGGUUGAGAUACCCCCUUUCAAAAGCUAUGUACAAAGGUAAUCAAUGUUCACACAGGGAAAUACAAGGGUGGUUGAAAGAUCUCAAAACAUUCCUUAUACUCUCCUAAUCUGCAGCCAUCAGCCUACCAGUCCACUACCCUAACAACUUCUUAUUGUUUUCCAGUGUGUGGGAAGUACCUGAGCCUGUAUCCCGGCCGACAGAGACCUGCUGUGGGAGGUGGAGAGUGUUGGAGGACCCAGCCAGAGGACUAACAUAGCCAACAAGAUCCAGGCUAUGGGCCUGAGUGGUAUGUUUAUCUCAAGUUUAAAAUGGCAGACGUGCACAUCCCUUAACGCCUGAGUGUCUAGAUUGCUGUACUUAGGGUGCUAGAAUGACACGUCACUGUACGUCUUGAACGGAGACGAUUCUCACUAAAAUGAUGGAAUUGUGACUUCUUCCCUCAGCCUUAUCCAAGUACCUCUCCUUUACGGAGCACUCUGUGUUGAACCCUGUGGUGGCUGAAAAUGAGGGGGUCAUGGAGGAAGUGACAUCACGCAUACAGGAACAGGAAGCCAUGGAGUACACCGUUGAAAUUGUGGUAUGUUUUUUAAUGUAACAAUAGAUUUAAUGUAAAGAAUAUAUAUAACAUGUUAUGUGACAAAUAAUCUGUAUAUUGUUCAAUAUUUUAGUUUUGUAUUACUUACUUAUAGUAUGUACAAUUUAAUGUUGUUUAUUGUAAGGGUAGGUGUGAGGUGUGACCCAGGUGCGGUGCAGGAUAGACAGUAGGCAGUAGGCAGAGAUGGUGAAAACAAGGAUCUUUACUGGUGGUCCCGAAGCCAGGUUACAAAACAGCGGACUUAACAUGAUAAAAGAAUGGUGGCGCAAAUAAGUCUCCAAAAACAGGCUGACAGCCAAAAUACGAAAUAGUAACUACGACUGAAAUAAUAAAGAAACAGGGAGAACACUUCUCGAUUACCUAUACAUACUUCUCCGAUCAGACACUGAUUAGUACUGCUGAGCAUAGAGAAAGUAGCAGAGAAAACUGAGCAAGGGAACACAGGGAAGUGAGGGCAUAAAUACAUAGGUGAACAGGUAGACACAGGUGACACCAAUAGGAUAAUGAUUAGUCCAGACUGUGAGUAAGGAGGUGCCUAAGGUUGUCGGAGGAUGACACCUAGUGGGUUGCUCCGGAACCGCGGCACCCUCCUGUAACAGUUUAUUGUUUUGCUUACGUAAUAACAUUUACUUUGUUUAUAGGAGGAAGUUACACUGGUCAAAGUGACAAAAGGCAAGUAUUGGUUGUUUCAUGUGCUGGAUCUUGGUAAUAACUUCUAACGUAUGUUCACUGAAACUACACAGAGUUUCUCCUCCUAACAUCAUUUUUGAUUAUGUUUCCAGAGAAGGAAGAAACGCCAGUUACAACCCGAGGCAGGAGCAGUGGCCUCAAAUGUGAGAAUAUCUCAGAGGAAAGCAAAGCAGAGAAAGCCAUCAGGUAA